AGUUGGCAGCCCUGAUUGAUUUGCGUGUUUGCUCUGGGCUUUUUUGACUGUUAAAAAAUGUGUUUGUUUUAUAAACAUUAAGAAAUAAAACUGAUUAAUUGCAAACGAAAAGUGGAAAAUAAAGGCGUGUGUACCCUACCAAUACUAGAAAAUAGAAGCAAAAAGAAAGAGAUUAAGCGUGUCCUGUAUGUACAUAUGUGUGCGUGUGCGCCUUUAAGAUUUUGGCCGAUGUGCCCAUUAUUUUGUUGAUAAAAUUACCGCAAAAAGCUUUCGUGGGUGAUAAUUUUAAAUCGUAACAAAAUGUGUUUCAUGUGAAUAUAAAUUGAUAAUGCCGAAAUGGUUCCGAAAACGAUAACGGUACUUUAAUGCUCUUCCGCACACACACACACACGAACACACUGCCAACAGAAAAUCUUCGCAAAGUGAAUCGCCGACAUCACAGCCGCACCUACAUACAUACAUAUGUAUAAACGUGUGUGUCGUGGGUGUAGGUGUACAUAGAUAAAAGAAAAUAGAAAAUAUAAGUGGUGUCUUAAAUACUAUUGUAUUUUGGCAAGAUAAUAAAACAAAGAUUUGUUAAAAUUAACAGUCAAAUUGUGCAAAGCAAAUACCAAUACACACAAAGCAUUAACAUAUGUACAUACACAUACGCGCACACACACACACGUACAACAGAAAAGGUUUAGAGAGGCAAAAGAGUGAGAUAGAAAGCACGGUGCCAAAAAGGAACGGCAAAAGGAAGAAGCAGCAGCAUACAGCAUCGGCGCGUUGCGAGAAGAUUGAAAAUAAACGUGUAGUAGAGAAUUUUUGAAGCACUCUCCAACAUCCAACCGCCCACUCGCCCACUGCCGCCGUCGUUCUCUCUCUACAGCGAGUGCCCUCUCGCCGCCAACACCGUGCAUACAAACAAACACUCUCACAUAUAUACAUACAUACACUCGUAUGCGCGAAAAGUGUAAGCCGUGCACAGUUGAUGUUGUUGCUGUUCCUGUUAGCCGCCGCCAAAGGACGAUAGACGCGACGGCGACGACGACGACGACAACGAUAACAACGACAACGCCAACGACCACAAGAAGAACGACGAAGACAAGGAGGAAGAGGAGGAGAACGUGUUGUUGUAGCCAACGCAAAUGGCAGACCCUCUAAGCGGGCCUUGCUUUUGAGACAUGUCGUAAUGGCCAGAGAGGAGUCUCGCGGCAAGCGACCACUGAAAAUUUGGGAUAGUUGGCGGAAUGUGCGUAAAGGCGUCGUAGUUGGUACAUUCGAGGAGCUUUUGGUGCGGGGCAAGGACAAGUUAGGGGUUCCUGCUUCAGAACCAGUUCGCGUUGUUCUGGAGUGUGAUGGAACCCAAAUCGAGGAUGGCGAAUACUUUCGCACCCUGGCCAACAAUACGGUACUCUUGCUGUUGAGGCAGGGUGAACGAUGGUAUCCAACCGGAGUGGAUGUUAUCAAAGCUGCCAUAUCAGCUAUACCGAAAAUCGUCUGUGAGACGAUCCAUGCACUGGAACUGCACGAUGAGACACCAUCGUGGAAGAUUAUGGAUAAUAAAGGGCGUGUCACGGUCGUAUUGCACUGGGAUCAGCGCCAGGGUGGCGGAGGAGGUGGCGGCGGUGGAGGUGGUGGCGGAGGAGGCGGCGGCGGAGGCAUGUGCAUGGGCGCCGGUUUGGGCAGCAGCAAUGGAUUGCUGUCCUCUGACAAGUACUCACCCUCAAAGAAGGGACUCUCUGCGCAAAGUUCGUUGGAUAACAAGUCGGUGUCUUCGCAAUCCUCACAACCACGUUACGCCAGCCCACAAAUAACGGUCAUCAGCGACGAGGGACCGACAAGCAUUUACCAUCCGGGUGGUGUAGUGCUGCCACCGGGUGUCGUGAUACCCGGCAGCCGUCGGCUGUCCAAGCAGGGUGGCUCCUUCGAUAGUGCCGUGGGAGCUGUGCAUGUGCAUACGCCCGAGUGCGCCCAUCACGCGCACACGCCCAGCCGGGCGGGUAGUCCCAGUACCACGGAGUGUGACUUCCAUUGCUGUGCGCUGCACGAGGAGGGCCGGAAGAUAGCCGUGCACAAGAGCGUGGCCACUUCGCCCAUUCAGGACGGCAGCAGCAGUCCGCAGCCGCAGCACCAGCAUCAGCAGCUGCAGGCGCAUCAUCAGGCGACGCUGGGGAUGUCGUCAUCGGUUAUGGAUCCUAUGCUGGGCGGCAGCGGCAGCAUGCAACGUCGUUCAUCGGGCAACAAGGGACAUGUACGCUUUCUGGACAUUGCACCGGAGCGCGACAGCUCAGAGAGCGAGACAGAGAACACGGUGAUGGAGGAUGAUAAGACGACGACAGAGAAGUUUUUGCUGCUCAUCGAUCAGCUGUCUGUCGAUCAGAAGCGUCACCUCAGCAUCAAGGACAUCGGCAUCAUUCUGGAGCGACUCAACUCAAAGAUACUUGAUGUGGAGCGCCUGGAUCGCGAGUCCGAGUCGGAUGAUUGCUACAACUGGACGAUAAAGGCGACAAUACGCGGCGAUGCGCUACGUGAACUGGGCGUCAUCUACAAUGGCAACUAUUAUGCCAUAUCCGAGCAUCCUGGCUACAAGGAGGAGCUUGAGGAGAACGGCGAAGAGGUUGAGGAGGAGGACGAGGAGGAUAGAAUUUAAAGCAAAAUAUACACAUACACACAGUAACAGUAACAGCAACAGCAAAUAGCUAAAAUUAACAUUUAAAACAGAUGAAACGAAGAAAAGAAGAUGGUAUCAAUAAUUAGCGCAUUUUAGACAGAACAAAAGGCAAGAAUGGAGUAGAAAGUGUGGCAAGAGCUGAAACGCAGCCUUGGAUGCAACUGCCCCAGAUCAAGUAUAAUUCACAUACACAUAAUAAAAAAAAUUAAUACGAAUAUAAAUAUAAAAAUAAACAAAGGCAACCGCACAUUGUACAAUAGUGAAGUAAGCAUUAAAAAAAAAAACUGAAUGAAUUACAACUUUCGCAAUACAAAAGCAAAUACAAACACUUAAAAAUGAA